AUGGAUAAGCAGAAGCCUAAGUUUUACUUAGCGCCAAUGGUACGGUAUUCGAAGUUAGCUUUUCGACAACUUGUCCGGCUCUACGAUGUCGAUUGUUGCUAUACACCAAUGAUCUAUGCGAAAAGUUUUCUUGAAUCAGAGUACUGUAGAUCUAGCGAGUUUUCGACUAUUCCAGAAGAUCGGCCGUUGAUUGUUCAGUUCGCCUCGGAUGAUCCAUUCAUUUUUGCAUCGGCUGCUGAAUUAGUCUAUAAGUAUUCGUCAGGAGUCGACCUUAAUUGUGGGUGUCCAAAAGGCCAGGUUCGUUCUAAAGGAUUUGGAAGUAUUCUUCUGGAUCGGCCGGAUCAUCUCGCAGAUAUAGUUAGGCAAUGUAGAGCUAAAAUCUCCGAUCCAGAAUUCACUAUUUCUUUGAAGAUACGACUUCAAUAUCCUUUAGAUAGAACGGUGGACUUGUGCCAGAAGGUAGUGAUGUCUUCGUAA